AUGCACAGCUAUCAGCUGCGGUCGCGCAUUCCGCGACCUCCAAACGCCUUCAUGCUGUUCGCGCAGGAAAAGAGGCGGUCGGUGGCCGCUGAGAACCCAAACGAGAACAACCAGCGCGUGAGUAGCCGCUUUAGCAAGCGGUGGCGUUCUCUCAGCGCCGCCGACAAGGAGCCGUACCAGCGCACGGCGGCCGAAGCUGCCCCCGGCCACCGAAGGAAGCACCCGGACUACGUCUACAACCCGCGUGAGGCCCACCGGUGCAAGUGGCGGGAGAGCAGGACCAAGGCGAUUGCCAGCAAGCCCAAGAGUGGCAGUUCCAGGGACCAGGAGCAGCAGCCGAGCAUUUCCAUGGCCAUGGCCAAGGAUCGAGGCACCCCAGAGUGCCAGCAUCCGCCGGUGCUGCCGCAGAGGAACGAACACCGUGGAACCAGUACUGCCCGGGGCAGCACUUCGGGCGCUGGUCACGGAAUGUCGCUCCUUAGGACGACGGCCACUGUCACGGUCACGGCAUCAGCUCACUCGGCUGUGCGGCCCUACAACGUGCACCGGUUCCCCGGUCCUCUGCCACCAUCACUGCGUGGAGCGAACAGAGAAAACACCGUGCCCACCCACCUGUUAACGGCAGCUGGCGCACUCAAACAGCCUAAAACGCCAUAUGCCCCACUCCUUGAUAAUCAGCCAUCCCCCACGUUCCUGGAGGACAAAGACGACGAGUCGUCUGCAGGGCACGUCGUCGUUCGACCAGGGCGGAUUCCUGGACACCCUAGGCUUCGCAGACGGCGCCCUAUAGGCGAAGGUCACCAAUCUUCGUCGGCCGCUGGCUCCAAAGCAGCAUUGGACCUCCAGCAUGCGCCUGUCAAGCGUUCGGUGCCUGCUGCUGUUGCAGACAGGGUAUCAGCAGCAGAAGAUUGCGCGGUCCUCAUCCGCAUUUUUGCGAUUAGUGCGAAUAUUCCGGAUUGCACUAAAUAG